AUGUCGUAUAAAUUUGUUUAUUUUUUAGUUCUUAAAUUAUUAUGUUUAUUAAUAAUAAAUUCAGAUUAUUUGUUUGUAAAAAAUGAAAAAAUUAGCAUUGUGACUAACAGUUCUCCGCUUUUUAUAAAUAACCCAAAUCCUUAUAAUAGGUCCUUAAUACCACAUCAAAAAAUAUACCCAAAAAAAUAUCAAAAAAUAUACCAAAAUAAAUACCAAAAAAAAACGGGUGUAAACUGUGUUCAAAAUAAUAGAGAGUUUGCUGGUAUAUGUCUAAAUAAGAAUAAAAUAAAAAAAGAGAGAAAUAAUUUUAUUCUAUUUGGAAAAAAAAAAAAUACUAAAAAUGAUGCGAUAGAGGAAGGAAAUGAGUUGAACAAGAAUGAAAAAGAUGUAAAAGAUGAAAAAGAUGUAAAAGAUGAAAAAGAUGAAAAAGAUGUAAAAGAUGAAAAAGAUGAAAAAGAUGAAAAGGAUGAACAGGAUGAACAGGAUGAAAAGGCCAGAAUAGGAAAUACGACAGAAUAUUUCUUCGAAAACCCAAAUAAAAAACUAAUCAAAGGAGAAUAUUAUGAUGUUGAGAUAUGUGAAUUAUUAUCUAAAAGUUUUUUAUCAUAUGCAAAUUUUUUAAUUCUUAAUAGAUGUUUAUGUGAUUAUCGUGAUGGGUUAAAAACAGUGCAAAGAAGAAUUAUUUGGAGUAUGUAUGAAAUAAAUAAAGGAUCUGAUAGAAAAAGUUAUAAAAAAUGUGCAAGAAUCGUAGGAGAAGUUAUUGGUAAAUAUCACCCGCAUGGUGAUAAAAGUGUUUACGAUGCAUUAGUAAGAUUAGCACAAAAACAUCAUAAUAAUAAUGUGCUAAUAAAUGGAUAUGGUAAUUUUGGGUCGGUUGAAUAUAAUGCUGCUGCUAUGCGAUACACAGAAGCAAGAAUAUCUGAUUUUUGUUAUGAUGUAUUAUUAGAUGAAAUAAAUGAUGAAAAUGUAGAUUAUAUAAAAAAUUUUGAUGGAAAUGAAAAAGAACCUAAAGUAUUAUGUAGUAAGAUUCCACUUUUAUUAAUUAAUGGAUGUUCAGGUAUUGCUGUUAGUAUAUUAACAAAUAUUCCAAGUCAUAAUCUUGUUGAUGUUAUUAAUGCAUCUAUAAAUUUUUUGAUAAAUGAAAAAAUAACAAAUGAUGAAUUAUUUAAUUUAAUUAAAGGUCCUGAUUUUUCAACAGGAGGAAUAAUAAUAACAAAAAAAGAUGCACUACGAAAUAUUUAUAAUACUGGAAAAGGUAGUAUAGUAAUAAGAAGUAAUGUAUUUUAUGAAUAUGUUCGUAAUAAUAAAACAUAUAUUCAUCAUAUAAAUGAAUUAAGCAAUUUAGAAAAUUUAGAAUGUGAUAAUAAAAGUAGUAAAAAACUUAUUAUAAAAAAUUUACCACCAAAUGUUAAACCAAAUGAAUUAAUUGAAAAUAUUGUUACUGUAUUAAAUGAAAGAAAAAAUGAACAUGAUAAUAUUUUGUCUAAAAUUAGAGAUGAAAGUGAAAAAAAUGAAAUGAGAAUUGUAUUAGAAUUAAGAAAACAUAGUCAAAUUGAACAAAUACAUAAUUUUGUUUCUUUUCUAUUCAAAUAUACAUCAAUGGAGAUUAACUAUCAUUGUAAUUUUGUGUGUAUUGGUUAUGAAAAUAGUUAUACUCAAUUUUCUUUAAAACCAUUUUUGCAGUUAUGGUGUGAAAAUCGAAUAAAAUUUAUUAAAAAAAAUUAUAAAAUUAAAAAUAAUAAUUUACAAAAAGAACUUAAUAUUAUAGAUUUAUAUUUAACUAUCCAAAAAAAAAUUCUUGAUAUUAUUUCAUUUUUACAUAAAAAUCAAAAUAUUGAACAAAUCCAAAAUUAUUUAAAAUCUAAUUUCAAAUUAAAUGAGGAUCAAAUUAAAUAUAUAUUAUCUAUGAAAAUACAAAAAUUAAUAAAUAUCAAAAAUAUCAAUUUUGAUAUUCAAAAAAAUAAUAUUAUUAAAAAAAUUAAAUCAAAUCAAUAUAUAAUUGACAAUGUUCAAGAAAUUAAACAAAUUAUAAUAAAUGAAUUAAUACAUAUCAAAAAUAAAUAUUCUCUCUCAAAAAAAAUAUUACCACAACCCCAACUUAAAUAUAAAUAUUCUUAUAUAAAUGGAGAUCUUAACUUGCUUAAUACAUCUCAAAAAUAUGACGAAGAUAAUACAAAAAAUGGUGUGAACAAAUUUAGUAUUGCUCCAAACAUGGGAGGAAAAGGAGGUGGCCAAACAGAUGAUACUACAAAUGGGCAAAAUAAUAAGAUACUAGAAUCAGGUGAAAAGGGAAACAAAAAUGAAGUAGAAAAGGGAAACAAAAAUGAAGUAGAAAAGGGAAACAAAAAUGAAGUAGAAAAGGGAAACAAAAAUGAAGUAGAAAAGGGAAACAAAAAUGAAGUAGAAAAUGAAAAUUACAGGAAUACAUAUAUUGAUUCUUUAGACACAACAUUUAAAGAUAUAUAUAACAAUGAUGAUGUGCUAAUUUUAAUAACCUAUGGGGGAUAUAUAAAAAAAAUAAAAAUAAAUGAUAAACUGAAAAAUAAUGUAAAUAAUAUCAUGAAGCUUUCUAAUGCUAAAUAUAUUUUAAAAGAAAUUGAAGAAACAAAAAAUGUAAAAAAAACAAAUAAUGAAAAAAAAAUAAAUAAUGAAAAAAAAACAAAUAAUGAAAAAAAAACAAAUAAUGAAAAAAUGUUAGAUGAUAUUGUUUCAGAAAAUGAUGAAGAAACAUAUAAAACUAACAAAAAUAAUUUAGACGAUAAUAAUAUUAAUACAUAUAAAAUAAAAAAAGGAAUACUUUGUAAAAACAAAGAUAAAAUAUUAGUUACAGAUAAUCUUAAUAAAGGAUAUCUUUUAGAUGUAUCUGAAAUACAAACCUCAUCAUAUGAUUCUAAAGGAAUUCCAAUAAGUCAAUUAAUAAAAUGUUCAACAAAUAUAACAGGUUUAACUAAAUAUGAACAAGAUAAAAAAUAUUUAAUUGUUUGCAGUGAAAAUGGAAAAAUGAAAAUAAUAAAUAAUGAUGUAUUUUUAAAAAAAAAAAAAAAAGGAAUCAAACUUUUUAAAAAUAAAAAAAAUAUCUUUUUUAACUAUUGUAAUUCUAAUGAUAAUUGUAUAGUAGGAACAAAAAAUGGAUAUAUAAUACAAUUUCCUUUAAGCAGUUUAAAAAUUUCCAAAAAAAAUUCUCUAGGAAAUAAAUGCAUAAAUCUUAAAAAAGAUGAUAAAGUUAUUGAUUUAGUAUCAUAUGAAAAUAAUUUAGAGAAUCUUAAAAAUAUUAAAAUUAUUUUUCUUUCAAAAAAUGGACAUGGGAAAAUGAUUGGACUGGAUGAAAUCAAAGUUCAAAAAAAAAGAGGAAAAGGGUUUAAAAUUAUGAAAUUUAAAAAAGGCAAAAAAAAAAAAAAUAAUAAUUUACCAAACAAAGAUAAUAAAUUAAAUGAUAUAAAAAAAGAUAUAUCUGAUAAAAUACAAAAUCAAAAUAAACAAAAUGAAUUACAACUACCAGAACAACAAGAAUAUGUAGAUGAAAAAAAAAAUAAUAUAAUUACUAAUUAUGAUCCCGAUGAAUUAUUAGGAUUUAAAUUAUAUGAUACAAGAACAAAAAAAGAAAACGAUUUACUUAUUAUGAUUAGUGACCAUGCUGUACUUAUAAGAAAAAAUAUAUCUUUAUUAAAACAAAAAAAUAGAAAACAUUCAUCUCAAAUUUAUGCUAAAUUGAGUAAAAUGAAUAAACUUAUGUAUUUUGAUAUUUUAUAA